GACCCUUCGCUAUAUUUUAUUUUGCGUUUUAUAUCCUCUGCUUUGUGGGUGGGGGGUUUGUGGUUACUCUUUUAUUUGGAAAAAGCAACUCGGAAAAGUAUCUUGAGCAGUGUGAACAUUCAUUUCUUCCUUGUACAUCAGUUGGGAUCCCAAAGUGCAUAGAAGAAAUGAAACGUGAAGCCAGACCUAUUAAGAUUGACAGAAGGCUGACGGGUGCAAAUAUCAUUGAUGAGCCUUUGCAACAGGUAAUCCAGUUUUCCCUGAGAGACUAUGUGCAGUAUUGGUAUUACACACUAAGCGAUGAUGAAUCAUUUCUUCUGGAAAUCAGACAGGCUCUUCAGUAUGCACUUGUUCAGUUUUCUGCCAGGUCUAAGGAAACAGACUGGCAGCCUUAUUUCACUACACGACUUGUUGAUGACUUCGGCACUCAUCUUCGAGUUUUCAGAAAAGCUCAGCAAAGAAUAGCAGAGAAAGGUGAUCAAAUGAAAGACCAAGCUGAGGAACUUGUAGAUACAUUCUUUGAGGUUGAAGUUGAAAUGGAAAAAGAAGUCUGUCGUGAUCUAGUCUGCACUUCUCCCAAAGAUGAAGAAGGAUUCCUAAGGGAUCUGUGUGAGGUUUUACUGUAUAUAUUGCUACCUCCUGGAGACUUCCAGAACAAGAUCAUGCGAUACUUUGUCAGGGAAAUCCUCUCCCGAGGAAUUCUUCUUCCAUUAAUAAACCAGCUCAGUGAUCCUGAUUAUAUUAAUCAGUAUGUCAUAUGGAUGAUUCGUGAUUCCAACUGUAACUAUGAGGCCUUUAUGAAUAUUAUUAAAUUAAGUGAUAAUAUAGGAGAGUUGGAAGCAGUGAAAGAUAAAGCAAGUGAAGAACUGCAAUAUCUUCGAUCUCUAGAUACAGCAGGAGAUGAUAUCAACACUAUAAAAAAUCAAAUAAACAGUUUAUUAUAUGUUAUUAAAGUAUGUGAUUCAAGAAUUCAGAGGUUGCAGUCAGGAAAAGAAAUAGAUACUGUGAAACUGGCAGCAAACUUUGGAAAACUUUGCACAGUCCCUUUGGACCAUAUUCUGGUAGACAAUGUUGCACUACAAUUUUUUAUGGAUUACAUGCAGCAGACUGGUGGCCAAGCACAUCUGUUUUUCUGGAUGACAGUGGAAGGAUACAGGGUUACAGCACAGCAACAGCUGGAGGUACUUCAAAGCCGGCAGAAAGAUGGAAAACAUCAGACUAAUCAAACCAAGGGUCUAUUAAGAGCAGCUGCUUUUGGAGUUUAUGAGCAAUAUUUAUCUGAAAAGGCAUCUCCAAGAGUUAAUAUUGAUGACAACUUAGUAGCAAAACUGGCAGAAACACUGAACCAUGAGGAUCCAACACCUGAGAUCUUCGAUGACAUUCAGAGAAAGGUGUAUGAAUUGAUGCUGCGAGAUGAAAGAUUCUACCCUUCGUUCAAACAGAACGUGCUGUAUGUGCGUAUGUUGGCUGAGCUGGACAUGCUGAAAGAUCCGAGUUUCAGAGGAUCAGAUGAUGGUGAAGGAGAAUCUUUUAAUGGAUCUCCUACUGGCAGCAUAAAUCUGUCCUUGGAUGACCUUUCAAAUGUCCCUACUGAUGAGACUGUUCAACUCCAUGCAUAUAUCUCAGAUACUGUUUAUGCUGACUAUGACCCAUAUGCUGUGGCAGGAGUGUGUAACGACCACGGCAAGACGUACGCACUGUAUGCCAUCACAGUCCAUCGGCGAACUCCAAACAGCGAAGAGACAUGGAAGACGUAUCGCCGCUACAGUGACUUCCAUGACUUUCACAUGAGGAUCACUGAGCAGUUUGAAAACCUUGCAAAUAUACUGAAACUUCCUGGCAAGAAGACAUUUAACAAUAUGGACAGAGAAUUUUUGGAAAAGAGGAAAAAAGAUUUAAAUGCCUAUUUGCAGCUCUUGUUAAAUCCUGAAAUGAUGAAGGCUUCUCCAGCUUUAGCCCAUUAUGUGUAUGACUUCCUGGAGAAUAAAGCUUACAGCAAAGGGAAGGGAGAUUUUGCACGAAAGAUGGACACAUUUGUAAACCCACUGCGUAACUCUAUGAGAAAUGUAUCAAACGCAGUCAAGUCUCUCCCUGACAGCCUGGCAGAGGGAAUGACUAAAAUGUCAGACAACAUGGGUAAAAUGUCAGAGAGAUUGGGACAAGACAUAAAGCAAUCAUUUUUCAAGGUGCCUCCUUUGAUCCAGAAAACCUAUUCAGAUCCUGACCAUUGCCGUGUUGCAGCAACAAUUGAUGACAAUGUAGAUGACAAUAUUCCACUCAGAGUAAUGCUCCUCCUUAUGGAUGAAGUCUUUGAUUUAAAGGAAAGGAAUCAGUGGUUAAGAAGAAAUAUAAAAAACCUGCUUCAGCAACUUAUUAGAGCAACAUAUGGUGAUACAAUUAAUAGAAAAAUAGUUGAUCAUGUUGACUGGAUGACAUCUCCUGAACAAGUAGCAGAUGCGGUGAAACGCUUCAGAGAUGCUUUUUGGCCAAAUGGCAUUUUAGCAGAGACUGUUCCACGGAGGGACAAAGCUAUUAGAAUGAGAACAAGAGUGGCAGGGAAGACCAAAUUACUGGAGGUAAUGCCAGAUGAACUGAAGCACAUCAUAGGCGCUGAGACAACACGGAAAGGCAUUCUCCGGGUCUUUGAAAUGUUCCAGCACGCUCAACUGAAUAAGAGAAUGGUGUACGUGUUUCUAGAGAGAUUCCUAGAAACCUUAUUUCCACAAAAUAAGUUCCAUGAGCUCUUCAACAAACUUCAUUCACGGUCAAAGCAGAUGCAAAGGUAUAAGCAGAGACUACAUUCUACUCAAGCGCCUUCCUUGCAGAAAAGGUGACACUUCAAACCUGCUAAGCUGGUGUAUGUUUGUCCAGGACUAAUUACUUGGGCAGAUUCUCUGGGGCUUCGAACUCACAUGCUGUUAUUUCUGCACCAGUCUUCUAGUGUCACAUAUUAGGUAAUUAAU